AUGGAGGAGGCCCACGCGGGAGCAGAUGCCCCCCCGCAGCCCGGGGAGGACGCCACGGGGGAGCAGGGGGCUGCGCCCCAAGCAGGCCGGGACUCGGGGAGCGGUGAUGGGGCAGGCAAGGAGAUAAAGGAGGAGGAGGAGAGGCAGCCCAUGGAGGAGCAGAGGGUGGUGCUGGAAGGAGUCAAAGAGGAGCCCCAGAGCCCCAGGGUGGACGGGGACCAGGAUGUCCCACGGCAGCCAGGGGAGACAAAAGGUAGGCGAGCGCGAAGAAGACCCCGAAGAUGCUCUUUCAAAGGGACGUAUGCUGAAGAACUUCAAGAAGACUCAACUCAACCAAGGAGUAGCUCCAGAGAGAAGGAGCACAAGUGCCUGAAGUGUGAGAAAUUUUUCACCCGUGGGAGCAGCCUGACCCGUCACCUGCAGCUCCACACAGGAGAGAAGCCCUUCAAGUGCCAGGACUGUGGGAAGAGCUUCAGGGUUGAAGCAUAUCUUACGUCCCACCAGAAAACACACAUGAAGGAGAAGCCCUUUCUCUGCACCACGUGUGGGAAACGUUUCUGCAGUAGCUCGUCCCUCAGGAAACAUCAACGCAUCCACACGGGAGGGAAUCCCUUCUCCUGCUCACAGUCUGUGAGGACCUUCUGGACCUGGUCUGACCUCAUAUACUAUCAGGAAACCCGCCACAAAGGUGAUGGGGCAGGCAAGGAGAAGGAGGAGCAGAGGGUGGUGCUGGAAGGAGCCGGAGAGGAGCCCCAGAGCCCCAAGGUGGACGGGGACCAGGAUGUCCCACGGCAGCCAGGGGAGACGCAAGGUAGCCAAGAGCCAAGAGGAACCCAAAGAUGCUCUUUGGAAGGGACGGGCGCUGAAGCCCAUCAGGAAGAGUCAACCCAACCAAGGAGAGGAUCCAGAGGGAAGGUCUGCAAGUGUCCAGAAUGUGGGAAGGGCUUUGGCUGUAUAAGAAACCUGAACCGUCACUGGCGGAUCCACACAGGAGAGAAGCCCUACAAGUGCUUUGAUUGUGGGAAGAGCUUCAGGUAUAAACUGAAACUCCUCAUUCACCGGCAGAGACACACCAAUGAGAAGCCCUUUGUCUGCACCACGUGUGGAAAAAGUUUCUCCUUUAGCUGGUACCUUAUCAAACAUCAAAAUGUCCACACGGAAGGGAGACCGUACGCCUGCUCGCACUGCGGGAAGACCUUCAGACAUAGUUACAGCGUCAAGAGGCAUCGGAGACUCCACCACGGUGGUGAUGGGACAGACAAGGAGAAGGAGGAGCAGAGGGUGGUGCUGGAAGGAGCCGGAGAGGAGCCCCAGAGCCCCAGGGUGGAGAUGGACCAGGAUGUCCCCCGGCAGCCAGGGGAGAUGCAAGGUAGCCAAGAGCCAAGAGGAACCCAAAACUCUUCUUCCCACGGGACGUGUGCUGAAGAUCUUCAAAAGCACGGAACCCAAACAAGCAGUAUCUCCAGAGGGAAGGUCUAUAAGUGUCUGGAGUGUGGGAAGGUCUUCAACUGGUGGAGCUGCCUCAUCCGUCACCGGCGGAUCCACACGGGAGAGAAGCCCUUCAAGUGCUUUGAUUGUGGGAAGAGCUUUCGGGAUGCUGGGAAUCUUAUGUCUCACUGGAAGACACACACCAAGGAGAAGCCCUUUCUAUGCACAACAUGUGGGAAAUGCUUCUCAUUUAGCUCACGCCUCCUCAUUCACCAAAUAUCCCACACAGAAGAGAGACCGUACGCCUGCUCGUACUGCAAGAAGACCUUCCGGCAUAUUUACCACCUCAGGAGGCAUCAGCAAACCGUCCGCUGUGGUGAUGGGGCAGGCAAGGAGAAGGAGGAGCAGAGGGUGGUGCUGGAAGGAGUCAAAGAGGAACCCCAGAGCCCCAGGGUGGACGGGGACCAGGGUGUCCCACGGCAGCCAGGGGAGAUGCAAGGUAGCCAAGAGUCAAGAAGACCCCGAAAAUGCUCUUUCAAAGGGACGUAUGGUGAGGAACUUCAAGAAGAUGCAACCCAACAAAGGCGUAGCUCCAGAGGGAAGGUCUACAAGUGUGUGGACUGUGGGAAGAGCUUCGCCUGGAGGAACAGCAUGAGACGUCAUCGACAGAUCCAUACGGGAGAGAAGCCCUUCAAGUGCCGUAUUUGUGGGAAGAGCUUCAUGGAGAGUGCAACCCUCCUGUGUCACUGGAGGACCCACACCAAGGAGAAGCCCUUUCUCUGCACCACGUGUGGGAAACGGUUCGCCUGGCGCUCGGGCCUCACCAUCCACCAGCGUAUCCACACGGGACAGAGGCCCUACCCCUGCUCGCACUGUGGGAAGACCUUCCGGCAGACUUACCACCUCAGGAGGCAUCAGGAAACCCUCCACAGUGGCGCUGAGCACCCACGCGGAGCCAGGACAACCACCCCGGGUGCUGGAGGAGAAGUUGGGGAGGAAGGAGGAGCCGACACUGACGGGGCAAAGGGGUGGCAGGAAGAGAACCCAUGCAGCCACGAGCAAGCUGGAGUCCAAAUAAAACUCCCAGGGGGGUCCUGCCCGAAGCCCCCCGGGCCCAAACCGGAGCCGGCUCUGGGCAAGGCCGAGCCAACGAGCGACGGCGGGUGCAAGUCUGGGAUAACGGAUUUCAGAAGGGGAAGCCGGGAGGAAGAGGAGGGAGCAGGGAAGGAAACUCCCCUGCAAACCCCAAGGGCGGGGAAGGACGGAAGGAGCGGGGGAGGUGCGCCGGAACAGGCUCCCCUGCAAAGCAUGGAGGAGGCCCACGCGGGAGCAGAUGCCCCCCCGCAGCCCGGGGAGGACGCCACGGGGGAGCAGGGGGCUGCGCCCCAAGCAGGCCGGGACUCUGGGAGCGGUGAUGGGGCAGGCAAGGAGAUAAAGGAGGAGGAGGAGAGGCAGCCCAUGGAGGAGCAGAGGGUGGUGCUGGAAGGAGUCAAAGAGGAGCCCCAGAGCCCCAGGGUGGAGAUGGACCAGGAUGUCCCACAGCUGCCAGGGGAGACGCAAGGUAGCCAAGAGCCAAGAGGAACCCAAAGAUGCUCUUUCAAAGAGGAGCCCCAGAGCCCCAGGGUGGAGAUGGACCAGGAUGUCCCCCGGCAGCCAGGGGAGAGAAAAGGUAGGCGAGCGCGAAGAAGACCCCGAAAAUGCUCUUUCAAAGGCUCAUACGCUUCAUACCUUCAAGAAGACUCAACCCAACCAAGGAGUAGCUCCAGAAAGAAGGAACACAAGUGCCUGGUGUGUGGGAGGGUCUUCAACUGGCAGUGCAGGCUGACGACUCACCAACGGAUCCACAGGCUGGACAAUCCCUUCAAGUGUGAGUAUUGCUGGAAGACCUUCAAGGAUGAAAUCACACUCCGGCGUCACCAGCGGACACACACCAGGGAGAAGCCCUUUCUCUGCACCACGUGUGGGAAACACUUCAGCUUUCGCUCGUGCUUCAUCGCCCACCAACUCAUGCACACCGGAGAGAGACCGUACGCCUGCUCACAGUGUGGGAAGAGAUUCCAGUUUAAUUACCACCGUAAGAGGCAUCAGAAAGCGUUGCACGGUGGUGAUGGGACAGACAAGGAGAAGGAGGAGCAGAGGGUGGUGCUGGAAGGAGCCAGAGAGGAGCCCCAGAGCCCCAAGGUGGACGGGGACCAGGAUGUCCCACGGCUGCCAGGGCAGACGCGAGGUACCCAAGAGCCAAGAGGAACCCGAAAAUGCUCUUUCAAAGGGACGUAUGCUGAAGAACUUCAAGAAGACUCAACCCAACCAAGGAGUAGCUCCGGAGAGAAGGAGCACAAGUGCCCGGAAUGUGGGAAAUUUUUUACCUGUGCGAGAAACCUGAACCGUCACCUGCGCCUCCACACAGGAGAGAAGCCCUUCAAGUGCCAGGACUGUGGGAAGAGCUUCAGGGAUAGUACAAAUCUUAUAUCCCACCAGAACACACACAUGAAGGAGAAGCCCUUUCUCUGCACCACAUGUGGGAAACGCGUCUCCAGUAGGUCAUGCCUCAUCAAACACCAACGCAUCCACAUGAGAAAGAAACAGUUCUCCUGCUCACAGUGUGUGAGGACCUUCUCGAGAAGAUCUGACCUGCUGUAUCAUCAACAAGCCCACCACAAUGGGACGUAUGCUGAAGACCUUGAAGAAGAUGCAGCCCAAUCAAGGAGUAGCUCCAGAGAUGAGGUCUACAAGUGUCUGGAAUGUGGGAAGGUCUUCAGUUCUGGAAACAACUUGAGAUAUCACCGACGCAUCCACAUAGGAGUGAAGCCCUUCAAGUGCUUGGAUUGCGGGAAGAGCUUUAGGAGCAGUGUGAACCUCGUGCAUCACUGGAGGACACACACCAAGGAGAAGCCCUUUGUCUGCACCACGUGUGGGAAACGCUUCAGCUUUAGCUCAGAUGUCGUCAAACACCAACUCAUCCACACCGGAGAGCUCCCGUACGUCUGCUCACACUGCGGGAAGAAAUUCUGGAAGAAGUGCGACCUCCGGAGGCAUCAGCAAACCUUCCACGCAGGUGAUGGGACAGACAAGGAGAUAAAGGAGGAGGAGGAGAGGCAGCCCAUGGAGGAGCAGAGGGUGGUGCUGGAAGGAGUCAAAGAGGAGCCCCAGAGCCCCAAGGUGGAGAUGGACCAGGAUGUCCCACGGCUGCCAGGGGAGACACACGGUAGCCAAGAGCCAAGAGGACCCCGAAAAUGGGAUACCGGACCUAAAAAGACUGAUAAGAGGGAACACCCAGCCCCAGAAAGCCCCAAAGGCUGGACGGUCCUGGGACAGGGGGACACGGAGCAAAAACCGGGGGAACAGCCGGCCCAACAGGCCCCGGAGGCCGGACGGUCCUGGGAGAGGGGACACGGAGCAAAAACCGGGGGAAUAGCCGGCCCAACAGGCCCCGGAGGCCGGACGGUCCUCGGAGAGCGGACACGGAGCAAAAUCCGGGGAACAGCCGGCCCAACAGGCCCCGGAGGCCGGACGGUCCUGGGACAGGGGGACACGGAGCAAAAACCGGGGAACAGCCGGACCAACAGGCCCCGGAGGCCGGACGGUCCUCGGAGAGGGGGACACGGAGCAAAAACCGGGGAACAGCCGGCCCAACAGGCCCCGGAGGCCGGACAGUCCUCGGAGAGGGGACACGGAGCAAAAACCGGGGGAACAGCCGGACCAACAGGCCCCGGAGGCCGGACAGUCCUGGGAGAGGGGACACGGAGCAAAAACCGGGGAACAGCCGGUCCAACAGGCCCCGGAGGCCGGACGGUCCUGGGACAGGGGACACGGAGCAAAAACCGGCGUCAGUGGGCGGGAGAGACCCCACCGGCCGAGUCGAGUGAGGAGCAGGAGGACGGGCCCCCCCUCGCCCUUCGUGCUGGCGCAGGAGAACUAAAAGCCGCUGGGACUUUCCAUCGAGACGAGGCCCCACCCCGCCGAGGCGGCAGCAGGGUGCGGGGGGGCCGGGGGAAGGCGGCUCAGCCCCGUCCCACCGCACCCAGCCCCGGGGGGGGCCGGGGGGGGCCAGAUUCAGGGGCCGUGCUGGGAUGGGUGCGAUGGGGUUCGGUAGCGGGGUUGGGGGGGGCAGGGGGGUCCUGCCCGAAGCCCCCCGGGCCCAAACCGGAGCCGGCUCUGGGCAAGGCCGAGCCAACGAGCGACGGCGGGUGCAAGUCUGGGAUAACGGAUUUCAGAAGGGGAAGCCGGGAGGAAGAGGAGGGAGCAGGGAAGGAAACUCCCCUGCAAACCCCAAGGGCGGGGAAGGACGGAAGGAGCGGGGGAGGUGCGCCGGAACAGGCUCCCCUGCAAAGCAUGGAGGAGGCCCACGCGGGAGCAGAUGCCCCCCCGCAGCCCGGGGAGGACGCCACGGGGGAGCAGGGGGCUGCGCCCCAAGCAGGCCGGGACUCGGGGAGCGGUGAUGGGGCAGGCAAGGAGAUAAAGGAGGAGGAGGAGAGGCAGCCCAUGGAGGAGCAGAGGGUGGUGCUGCAAGGAGUCAAAGAGGAGCCCCAGAGCCCCAGGGUGGAGAUGGACCAGGAUGUCCCACGGCUGCCAGGGGAGACAAAAGGUAGGCGAUCGGGAAGAAGACCCCGAAAAUGCUCUUUCAAAGGGACGUAUGCUGAAGAACUUCAAGAAGACACAAGCCAACAAAGGAGCACCUCCCGAGAGAAGGUGUACAAGUGUGUGGACUGUGGGAAGAUCUUUACCUGUGGGCGCAACCUGACCCGUCACCAACGGAUCCACACGGGAGAGAAGCCCUUCGAGUGUCAGGAAUGUGGGAAGAGAUUCGGGGAUAGUGGAAAACUCCUGCGUCACUGGAUGAUACACACCAAGGAGAAGCCCUUUGUCUGCCCCACCUGUGGGAAACGCACCUCCUCCAACUCGGACCUCACCAAACACAAGCGCAUCCACUCGGAACUGAAACCCCACGCCUGCUCCUACUGCGGGAAGACCUUCCGGCAGAGAAAUGACCUCAGGAGGCAUCAGCAAGCCCACCACAAAGGUGAUGGGAUAGACAGGGAGAAGGAGGAGGAGAGGCAGCCCAUGGAGGAGCAGAGAGUGGUGCUGGAAGGAGCCGGAGACGAGCCCCAGAGCCCCAGGGUAGACGGGGACCAGGAUGUCCCACGGCUGCCAGGGGUGAUGCAAGGUAGCCAAGAGCCAAGAGGAACCCGAAGAUGCUCUUUCAAAGGGACGUAUGCUGAAGACCUUCAAGAAGACUCAACCCAACCAAGGAGUAGCUGCGGAGAGAAGGAGCACAAGUGCCCGGAGUGUGGGAAGUUUUUCACCCGUGGGAGCAGCCUGACUCGUCACCUGCAGCUCCACACAGGAGAGAAGCCCUUCAAGUGCCAGGACUGUGGGAAGAGCUUCAGGGUUGAAGAAUAUCUUAUGUCCCACCAGAAGACACACAUGAAGGAGAAGCCCUUUCUCUGCACCACGUGUGGGAAACGUUUCUGCAGAAUGUCAUCCCUCAUGAAACACCAACACAUCCACACGAGAAAGAAACAGUUCUCCUGCUCACAGUGUGUGAGGACCUUCUCGACAAGAUCUGACCUGCUGUCUCAUCAACAAGCCCACCACAAUGGUGAUGGGGCAGGCAAGGAGAUAAAGGAGGAGGAGGAGAGGCAGCCCAUGGAGGAGCAGAGGGUGGUGCUGGAAGGAGUCAAAGAGGAGCCCCAGAGCCCCAGGGUGGACGGGGACCAGGAUGUCCCCCGGCAGCCAGGGGAGACACACGGUAGGCGAUCGCAAAGAAGACCCCGAAAAUGCUCUUUCAAAGGGACGUAUGCUGAAGACCUUCAAGAAGACUCAACUCAACCAAGGAGUAGCUCCAGAGAGAAGGAACACAAGUGCCUGGAGUGUGGGAAAUUUUUCGCCUGUGAGGGCAGCCUGAGCCAGCACCUGCAGCUCCACACGGGAGAGAUGCCAUUCAAGUGCCAGGAUUGUGGGAAGAGCUUCAGGGUUGAAGCAAAUCUUAUAUCCCAUCAGAAAACACACAUGAAGGAGAAGUCCUUUCUCUGUACCACGUGUGGGAAACGUUUCUGCAGUAGCUCGUCCCUCAUGGAACACCAACGCAUCCACACGGGAGGGAAUCCGUUCUCCUGCUCACAGUGUGUGAGGACCUUCUCGAGAAGAUCUGACCUGCUGUCUCAUCAACAAGCCCAUCACAAUGGUGAUGGGGCAGACAAGGAGAAGGAGGAGCAGAGGGUGGUGCUGGAAGGAGCCAGAGAGGAGCCGCAGAGCCCCAAGGUGGACGGGGACCAGGAUGUCCCACGGCAGCCAGGGGAGAUGCACAGUAGGCGAUCGCGAAGAAGACCCCGAAAAUGCUCUUUCAAAGGGACGUAUGCUGAAGAACUUCAAGAAGACUCAACACAACCAAGGAGUAGCUCCACAGAGAAGGAGCACAAGUGCCCGGAGUGUGGGAAAUUUUUAGCCUGUAAGGGCAGCCUGACCCAACACCUGCUGAUCCAUACGGAAGAUAAGCCCUUCAAGUGCCAGGACUGUGGGAAGAGCUUCAGGGUUGAAGCAUAUCUUAUAUCCCACCAGAAAACACACAUGAAGGAGAAGCCCUUUCUCUGCACCACGUGUGGGAAACGUUUCUGCAGUAGCUCAUCCCUCAUGAAACAUCAACGCAUCCACACGGGAGGGAAUCCGUUCUCCUGCUCACAGUGUGUGAGGACCUUCUGGACCUGGUCUGACCUCAUAUACCAUCAGGAAACCCGCCACAAAGGUGAUGGGACAGACAAGGAGAAGGAGGAGCAGAGGGUGGUGCCAGAAGGAGCCAGAGAGGAGCCCCAGAGCCCCAGGGUGGACGGGGACCAGGAUGUCCCACAGAAGCCAGGGGAGACACAAGGUAGCCAAGAGCCAAGAAGACCCCGAAAGUGCUCUUUCAAAGGGACGUAUGGUGAGGAACUUCAAGAAGAUGCAACCCAACCAAGGACUAGCUCCAGAGGGAAGGAGCACAAGUGCCUGGAGUGCGGGAAAUUUUUAAGCCGUGGGAGCAGCCUGACCCGUCACCGACGGAUUCACACGGGAGAGAUGCCCUUCAAGUGCCAGGAGUGUGGGAGGAGAUUCAGGUUUGAAGCAUAUCUUAUAUCCCACCAGAAGACACACAUGAAGGAGAAGCCCUUUCUCUGCAUCACCUGUGGGAAACGUUUCUUCAGUAGGCCGUCCCUCAUGAAACACCACCGCAUCCACACAAGAAAGAAAGAGUUCUCCUGCUCACAGUGUGUGAGGACCUUCUCGACAAGAUCUGACAUGCUAUAUCAUCAGCAAGCCCUCCACAGUGGUGAUGGGGCAGACAAGGAGAAGGAGGAGCAGAGGGUGGUGCUGGAAGAAGAAAGAGAGGAGCCGCAGAGCCCCAAGGUGGAUGGGGACCAGGAUGUCCCACGGAAGCGAGGAAAGAAGUCCUUCAAGUGCCAGGAAUGCGGGAAGGGCUUCAGGGAUACUACGAACCUCCUCUCUCACAUGAGGACACACACCAAGGAGAAGCCCUUUCUCUGCACCACCUGUGGGAAACGCUUCUCCUGGCGCUCGAACCUCCUCACCCACCAACGCACCCACACGGAAGAGAAUCCGUACUCCUGCUCGUACUGCGGGAAGACCUUCCGGCAUAGUCAUAACCUCCGGAGGCAUCUCUUUUUCUUCCACAACGGUGUAUCAAUAAGAGACCACGUUGCUUACUCUCCUUUUUCCAGUUUAAGCCAUUUCUACCUCAAGUUAAACAUUUUAACUGGUUGGUUGAUGGUGUUUCACCUUAAUUUAACUUGAGGGGAUCACAGAACCUUUAGGACUCCCUGGGCUCCCAGUCCGGGUUGUAACAUCCCCUUAUUGGUGCUAAAGUGACUGUGGGGACCAGGCGUUCGCUGUAGUCCCUCUCUGAGAAGAGUCAUACAAAAAGGGGGGGGGACACAACCCUCUGAGGUCUGGCAAAGGAUGUGAUCCCUAUAAUUAUAUACUUGUUACAACCUCCUUGAGAGGACUGCUUAUAGAUUUUUACCCUCCUCCAGGAAAUAUUGGAGAGCUAUAAUGCUCAACCUUCUCCCCCUGGUGUGACUUGGGCCCCUAACAAUUGGCUUGACCUGCAGGCGGUGGGUGGUGGAUUGAAUCUCUCCUCUAGCUAAAGAGUGGAGAUUGAAACUUGGAAAAGGAAAAGCAAUGGUCUGUGCAGUUUUAGGAGCUGCUCUGGUGUCAAAACAACAGGAUAAAUAUGGGACCCAGCAGGCAGAAGAGGAGGCAAUAAAAUCCCUUCAAGAUCUGUUGAAGGCUUUGCAGGGACAAUUAGAAGAUGAGACGAGAAGCCUCUCCAACCAACUUGCUGCUGAGUGAGUGGCGAACCAACGGUUAUGUACUGCUUUAACGGAGGCUUUGGAGUGGGAGAAAAUGUCAAUUAGAUGAAACCUGUUCCCAGACUGGUGUAGAAAAUAUGGAUGCAGAUACUGAUGGGAGAAAAGAACCCAAAUUGUUGUAUGCUCUAGGUCUUUAAAAGGGUGUAAGAGAAAGCUAUUCCCUUGAGAGGGGGAGAGGUUGUUAUGUGGCCAUUGAUUAAAAAUGAGACUAUUGAUGAUGGUCAGAGAGAGGCCAAGCAAGUCACCAUAUGAACUGUCCCCUACUACCCUACAGAUUUGGCUAAAAUUCAGGAAAAAUAUAGCUGGGAAUGCUGAGAAAUGGAAACGGAAUAUGUAUGGAGAGUAUCUCUUGCUGGGAGUGACCGGAUCUUGCUGCGUGAGGAUGAGGCAAGAGGGUGUUGGGGACUGGGGGUUUUUAUAACCACCAGUGACAACAGAGAACCUUGGUUCCUGAUCCAGCAAUUGGGCUGGAGGAUUAGACCCUAAGGAAAGGGGAGAGCCCUUCUGAAGAAAGACUCUGACAGCGGGACGUAUUCUAGAGAGCGUACAAAGGGCUGCAUGUCUCCAGCUAAUGCAUGACCGGUUAUUAAUUCUGCACCAGCCCUCUCCUGGGCAAGAUGUGCCAGAUCCCAACAGAUUGCUUCCUCUCAUAAGGGAACUGCCCGACGCCUCGAAAUUAUACGCAGCACAAUUACAAGAUUCUCUGAGAACACCCCGACGCCAGAGAAGGCGGGGCCCGCGGAGAUGGCACGGGGAGAAGUAGCACCGGAGUUGAUUAAUGAUAGGAGAUGGAUGGGAUUCGCUGGACAGGGAGAGGUAAAAUCCAAAGCAGACCUUAGGAGGGUGGAAGGAAAUGGGGAGAUAAAAGCUAAGCCCGUGCAGAGUUCCCAGCUCCUCCUGGUGAAGCCGACGCAGCCUCCUGCUAGUAAAAGAUUCACGCUAUGGUCAGAGGGCAUUUCGAAGGGGAUUCCUGGGAGGUGAUGGAUGGGUUACCCACCCCCAACCUGGAAGGUUUGCUGAAAGGCUGGGACAAGGUAAAGGGGACCCCACCUCCCUCAAACCCCAAAGAUCUUUCUCUCCCAUCCUGCGAACUUGGAACUAUAACCCCGUCUUGUCCCCGGGAGACAAUUCAUUGUUUGCAGCGUUGGGUCGGGAAACCGGACGCGCCAUUCCCAGUAAGCGAGCUGGGGGAUGGCUGGAGGGGCUGCUUCAGCAGGCUGACUGAAAAUAGUAAGGGAGACUCAUUGAUUACCUCUCCCCUUGGCCCCCUUAAGCCUCCAGUUACAUUUCUGAUAGAAGAAGGAGCUUCCAAGGUACUUCAGGUACAGGAGCCACCCAAUAACUGACCUGAUCAGAAAACUCCCCGUUCCCUUAUAAAGCCAGCUCCUCCGUUUGAGGGGCUCCUGUUCUGGGGAGCAAAUCAGUGGGGAGUCAUCGAGGUACCUGCGUGGCAAAAAAGAAAAGUGGGAGGAAAUCUUAAAUGGUGCCAAACAGGGUGGGAUGGGGAGCUGCACACCAAAAGGGGAAUCACCCAGCCAACAUUUGCAAUCAUCGAGUAGAUUCGUUAACCCGUUGAAAUACAAUGGCAGCAGAAGCUGAUGGAGAGAAGUGGGAACGUCUGUUAGAGUGGUUCCAUGUGAAAUGUGGUCGCUCAGGGGCCAAAGAUCGUUUUAGAGAAGCCGGUGGCCAGGGUUGGCCUGUUACUGGAAAACGGUUCAAGAUGAUUAUUUCUGCUCGUGGUUCAUGUUGCACCUGAUUAGAAAGAGCCCCCUUGCAGGAAACCCCUCACCACUUGUGGGAUGGGAAGGGCCUCUGGGAGACUUGGCAAAUUGAUUAUAUAGGAGCCUUUAAAAAAAUCAAACAGGAAGCAGUAGGUUCUCAUAGGGGUGGGAGUAGUAUCAGGGCUCACCCAGGCUGAGGCAACUGGAGAAAAUACCGUACAAGUGUUGAAACUAGGGUUUAAUCAAUUACCAAAACCCCCAUCAACUCAAUCAGACAGCAGGAUUUAUGAUUUUUGUCAGUAUUCUUUGGAAUGAUGAUAGGUAUUGCUAUAGUGAACUGUAUGCUCUCUGGUAUUCUUUCCUCUCUUUCUCCCUCUGAUAUGUCUGGAUUACCCUCCUUGAUGACGACUCCCUCAGAGUUUCACCAAACCUUUGAGUCAUGGGGUGGUGGAAGGAACUGAAGGAGUUAAUGCCUCAAACACUCCUCAACACAGCAAGCCUCCAGGAGAAGCUGGGACCUUAGCGAUCAGCCCAAGGAAUGCUGCCUAAGGAAGAGUAGAGUGACUUCAGUUUGCUGGAGUGCCAGAUUCCUUAGAAAAGUCCCAAAGGGAACUAUAGCUCAAUAAAAGGUGGAUAAGAGAGAUAAUUGCCAGGCACCAGAUCUGCCUCUUUAGUAUGCAAAUCAGCUGCUCAAAUGAACUUAAAGGUCCACAGAAAAGGUUGCUGUGUGUGCCCCCACCACCCAAGAUUACCAGACCUAUGACAAUGCUGGAGCCUGGGGUGGUGAUGUGGAUACUCUGAGUCUUUCUCUCCUUCCCUCUCCCCUUCUUUCCUUUUCUUUCUGUGAUUUCUUAUAAAUUUCUAAUUAAGAGACGACAUCCCUUACUCUCCUUUUCCAAGAUUAACUUGUCUCAAACAGAAAUAAAAUAUUCUAGCUGCU